UUGCUUUAGGGAACUGAUGGUCUUCAAAGCCGUGGGUUUGGAUGGGGUAUCGUAGCUGUUCGGUCCGUGGGGACGCCGAUGAGUGUGUGGUCCGUCUCUACCUUUAGCCUCCAGGGAGACCUUAUCUAGAGAACCUCCAGCAGCAUCUAGAGAACCUCCAGAAGAAGUCCUCUAGCUGAAGGUGUCGGACUGCGGCAGAAGAAAUGCAGCGGAUGGACAUGGAUGAAGAUGGGAUCCGAAACCUCAUGGUUCCUCAAGGGGGGGUGAAGGAACGGUGCCGGCCCUCCAGGUGUCUGACCGCUGGGCUGCUGCUGCUGUGUGCCUCAUCCCUGGCUGGAAACGUAACUCAGUUUUACUUUGGAGGUGGUGUGGGCAAGAGGCUUCACAACGCCUUCACCAAGCAAGAGGAGCAACUACAGGAGAGAUACAGGAACCUGACGAGGAACAGCACGGGUCUGCACGAUAGAUACCAGACUCUGGUUGCCGAGAGAGCCAGUCUUCAACUAAGUAACCACGGUUUGACCCAAGAGAGAGACCAGAUACAGGGCAAGGCUAACAGCCUUACCAAAGAGAGAGACCAGCUACAGGGCCGGUUUAGCACCCUUACCAAAGAGAGAGACCAGCUACAGGGACAGGCUAGCACACUUACCUCAGAGAGAGACCAGAUACAGGGCCGGUUUAGCACCCUUACUAAAGAGAGAGACCAGCUACAGGGCCAGGCUAGCACCCUUACUAAAGAGAGAGACCAGUUACAGGGCCAGGCUAGCACCCUUACCAAAGAGGGAGACCAGCUUCAGGGCCGGUUUAGCAUCCUUACCAAAGAGAGAGACCAGCUACAGGGCCGGUUUAGCAACCUUACUAAAGAGAGAGACCAGCUACAGGGCCGGUUUAGCACCCUUACCAAAGAGAGAGACCAGCUACAGGGCCAGGCUAGCACCCUUACCAAAGAGAGAGACCAGCUACAGGGCCGGUUUAGCACCCUUACUAAAGAGAGAGACCAGCUAAAGGGCCAGGCUAGCACCCUUACCAAAGAAAGAGAUCAGCUACAGGGCCGGUUUAGCACACUUACUAAAGAGAGAGACCAGCUACAGGGCCGGUUUAGCACCCUUACCAAAGAGAGAAGCCAGCUACAGGGCCAGGCUAGCACCCUUACCAAAGAGAGAGACCAGCUACAGGGCCGGUUUAGCACCCUUACUAAAGAGAGAGACCAGCUAAAGGGCCAGGCUAGCACCCUUACCAAAGAAAGAGAUCAGCUACAGGGCCGGUUUAGCACCCUUACUAAAGAGAGAGACCUGCUACAGGGACGGUUAAGCACCCUUACUAAAGAGAGAGACCAGCUACAGGGCCGUUUUAGCACCAUUAGCAAAGAGAGAGACCAGUUAAAGAGCCAGGCUAGCACCCUUACCAAAGAGAGAGACCAGCUACAGGACUCAAGCUCCAAACUCAUGAAGGAGGUCAAAACCCUGAAUGAUACAGUUGAAUCACGGAAGUGUCCUCCGGGAUGGAUUAAGUUCCAGUGCAGUUGUUACAAAGGCCAUACUGGCGAAAAGAACUGGGAAGACAGCCGCCAGUACUGCAAGAGCCAACAGGCUGACCUGGUGAUCAUCAACAGCAGAGAGGAGCAGAUAUUUGUCAAUAGUUUGCUCCCGGCAGACACGGACAACUGGAUAGGUUUGAGUGACAUAUGGAUCGAAGGGGUUUGGACCUGGGUGGACGGAACCAGCCCCAACACAACGUAUUGGGGGAGGAACCAGCCAAACAGCCACGGCGGCAAUCAGGACUGUGUCGAGUUCCUCCACAGGGCAGCAAAAAAAACAUGGAACGGCGGAGCAUGGAACGACCUCGACUGUAAAGAGUUAAGCGGCUGCAUUUGUGAGAAGUAGAGAGUAAAUGUGUUUGGUAUGGGGAUGGAUGUGUCCAUCACCAGGGGAUGUUAGGAUGUUGCUCGGGAAGGUCCGGAUAUACCUCCUGUCUCCGAACUGUCUUGUGUUGUAUACCGGGAAUGGGUUAACCUAGUGAAUGUUAGUGCUUUGCACUUGUUUCUAUGAACAUCCUUACUGUACCGACCACGAUAUAUUGUUGUUUCUCUUUGUCCUGUCAAAUGUACUAAGUUGCUUGUGAUAAAAGCACUUGCUAAAUGCCCUAAAUGUAAA